CAGCAUCAUCCACGCGGUCCCCCCGUUUCAAAGCUGCUGUUUACCCAUUGAAAAUCACUCGAAAAAGCAGCGGAUCCCGAUGGCAUGGACACUUAUGCAAGGUCUGCCGCGCUGCCGUGCUACUGGAGCCUACUUGCUGUCUCUUCAUUCAACCCAGCUCCAUCGCCAUCGCCCUGCAGCCGAGAGAGCCCUGCCGCAACGCGACCAGCGACCACCGAGCCAAAGCAGGCGGCAUGAGGCUUGAUUCAGUACAUUUAUCCAUGCUGGUCAUCGGGGUCUCAUUCGCCUGCUACUCCCCGAGUUUGAAUUCCCUGCAGGACCAGGUUUACAAAUCCGCCGUGGUGAUCGAGGGCAAGGUGCAGUCUACGCCUGUGAACGUCUCCGCGGAGCCGUACCGUGUGAAUGUCAAAGUGCUGGAUGUUUGGCCCCAAAACAGCGGGGGUCUGGAGCGAGAACAGCUCGUCACCGUGGGGGAAUUUGGAUCUGAGGCUCCGUGCACCAAAGUGAAGAAGAACCACAAGUACAUUUUUUUCAUGGACCCCACUGACGAGCCCUUGGUUUUCAAGGCAUCGUUUGCGCCUCGGGACACGAGUGUGAAGAACCUAAAAAAGGAUGUUGGGAAGAUCUUGUGUGAGGACUGCGCUGCGGCUCCAAAGUUAAAACCGAUGAAGAAUCCAAUAAUAGUGGAUGAGGGGAGAAAGCUCAUAGUAAAGUGUGAGGCCACAGGGAACCCUCUCCCCACCUACAGAUGGUUCAAAGAUGGCAACGAGCUGAAGAAAAGCAAAAAAGUCCGAAUAAGGAACAGCCUGAAAAACUCCAGAGUCCAGAUCAGCAGAGCAAAACUGGAGGAUUCUGGGAAUUACACAUGUGUGGUGGAGAACCCGCUGGGAAAGGACAACUCCACUGGCACUGUCAACGUCCAAAGCAUAACCACAACGCCAUCUCCAGGCUCAGGCCACGCCAGAAGAUGCAACGACACAGAGAAGGCCUACUGUGUGAAUGGCGGCGACUGUUACUUCAUACAUGGUAUAAAUCAGCUCUCCUGCAAGUGUCCAAAUGACUUUACUGGUGAUCGCUGUCAAACCUACGUUAUGGCCAGUUUCUACCAGCAUCUUGGGAUUGAAUUUAUGGAGGCAGAGGAACUCUACCAGAAAAGAGUCCUGACAAUCACGGGUAUUUGUGUGGCUCUGUUGGUGGUGGGCAUCGUGUGUGUGGUUGCCUACUGUAAAACCAAGAAACAAAGAAAGAAGAUGCACAAUCAUCUGCGACAAAACAUGUGUCCAGAACAUCCCAAUCGUAACCUUGCUAACGGACCCAAUCACCCAGGACCAGGCCCAGAGGAAAUCCCUAUGGUAGAUUACAUAUCAAAGAACGUCCCUGCAACUGAACGAGUCAUACGGCCUGCAACAGAGGGAUCGUUCCCUGCCAGCCAUGCCUCUUCCAGAUCUCACAACUCUUCCACACGAGCCCAUUCAUCAACUCACAGACAUGAGGAACGGACAUGGAGCCUGGAACAUUCUGACAGCAUCCUCUCUGACUCGCCGGGAAUGAUGUCAUCAUCCGUGGGGACCAGUAAAUGCAGCAGUCCUGCGUGCAUGGAGGCACGGGCCCGGCGCGCUGCACACUGUGGUUACUCUGACCCCCAUCGGCCGGGCUUGCAGUACGGAGACUCCUUCGACUCGCUGGGAGACUCUCCGCACAGCGACAGAUAUGUGUCAGCCCUGACGACACCAGCCCGCCUCUCGCCAGUGGAUUUCCAUUACUCAUUGCCCUCGCAGGUGCCUACCUUCCAGAUCACAUCCCCCAAUGCCAGCCACGCCAUGUCUCUCCCUCCUGCUGUCCACAACCCGUACCCUCUGGAGGAUGACCAGCCUCUGCUGCGCCGUUACCAGGUGCCCCUACACGAUGCCCAGUGCCAGGAGCCCUACCGGCAGCAGCGUCGUACCUAUCUAAAUGACAGCAGGGGCAGCCUGCCCUCCAGCCCCUACCGGCUGGCUGAGGAAGAAGACUAUGAGACCACCCAGGAGUAUCUCUCCUCUCGGGAGCAACCAAAGAGAAGUGGGUCCAGUGGAACUGGUAGCCGGCGCUGGCGGAGAUCCAGACUGAAUGGCCACGUGGCCCCGCGUGGAUACGAGGCAUCUCGAGACUAUGGGUCUCGAAGCUGCCUAACAGAUAGUGAGUCAGAGGAGGACGGUGAGAGCACGCCCUUCCUCAGUAUGCAGAACAUGAAUGCCGAGCCCUCCACCAUCUACAGGCCGGUGGACAGUCGGACUUCUCACUCAUCGGGGCGGCACAGUGGGCAUGGGAACAUGCAUACAAGACUGACACACUCACGCUCCAAACCGGACAAUACACCCCAUUAAAGAGUGAAAAUGAACCAACAAAAAUCAAUAUAGUAUAGACCUGCAUCUAUAAGAAAUAUUUUUAUUUUAUAUAACUGACAGAUAUUCUAAACAAAUGAAAUAUUUAUUUUCAUUUUAGCAAAAGUUGUCUACUAGUUAACAGCAAAGACUUUUUUAUAGGGAAAACUCUAUUUAUAUGUACAUUUUGAUUUACAGCAUAAAAAGAUGUGCCAGUUUUUUCACAACGUAAAAAAUAGAGUAAUAUUGUGGUGCCUUUUGCUGUAUGCCGAUGCCAGAGGGCCAGUGGAGGUUUUUGUAGCCUUUCUUAUAUGGACGCCUCAUUUUUUAUACACGAUUAUGUUUUUUUUUUCUUCUCUGGUUUUGUUUUACUUUCUUUCCAAGUUGCAUUUUUUGAGGAGUCUAACCCCACUGGAACAUAACCCCUUCCAUGUCACGCAAUAUAAACCACUUCAACAUAAAGUGUAUGUUUACAUUAAUAUGAUUCGCCUGUAGGGUUUAUGAUUUGGGAUCUAAUAGAACUUCUGAUAAAUACAGAUACAGAAAUAUAGAUCCUUUUUGCCCUCUGACUAAUGUCUACAGAGAGAGAGAAAGAGAGAAAGAG